AUGCGGGGACUAAGGCUUCUCGGCCUUCCUCUAAGAGCCAUCCGCAAACUACUGCCGAAAAGGAGACAACCAACCCUUGAAACUCCUCCGAUCGCGACGUCAAUUAAUGAUGCGAAUCCCAAAGCCGCCCUCGACGGCCCAUCCUCGCCCAACACGGAACAUGUCAAGCCCACCAAGAGCACUUCAACCCUAACGUCUCUAGAAGAAUGUCCCAUCUGUCACGAUCCCGUCGGCAUUACCAGCCCUGAGGGCAUCAUAGAGUCGUGGACACAGCUUCACUGCAGUCACCGCUUCGGCAACGUCUGCAUCCAGACCUGGCUCCAGGAAUCUCUCGACCGUGAUGAGAACAACACCCCCAGUUGCCCCAUCUGCCGCGACGCCGCGAAACAUCCUGGCUGCGGCCACCUUGUUUGCCCUAAAGACUUCGACACGCAAUAUCUACAGUACCAGAUGCGCCUACAGUGGCAUGGUCAGGCACGCAAUGGCGGAAGACGACAGCGCAGACGACUGCAGCGACGUGACGGGCACCCGCUACGCCCUCCCCCACCGCCUAAGAGAAAGGCGAACACGGUCGGUCACUGCAAGACGUGCGAGGAGAAUGCAGCAUACGAAGCGCGGAUAAAGCAGAUGAUGGAGGAACGCUUACAGCAGGCUCACCAUUCGGCGGCGGCAGGAGAAGGCUCUGGACGAAGUGGCAUCAAGUCGUAUAUCCCAUACCAAAUGCGCAUUCGUAAAGCGGGGACCAUGUCUGGCGAGCCUUCCAGCCCUGUUGGCGCAGAGGACAGAGAGAGAGUGCGGAGUGUAAUCUGUUUUCGAGAGUCAGUGAUGCCGGUCUCGGAUCCUCGGCGAAGUGCUUCUCCUGCACCUACAAUGAGACCAACGAGUGUUUGA